AUGGCUAAAAUAACGGACCUUCCCGUAGAAAUAAUAGAGAUAAUUCUAGAUUUUAACAAUAUCAGUCUUCAAGAUUUCGUACGUUUUUCAUCCACGUCUAAGCAUUUCCAUCAGGAAAUGAAAUACACCAGUUCAUUUUGGCGACGCAAGUUCAAUCAGAGAUGGCCUGGUGUAAAAAAAGUUUGUCAAAUAAAAAUGCACGAAAGACAUCUAAGUAUUGAAGAAAUGGAAAAAUUACGAGUAAAAUGUAGAAAAGAAUUACGGCUUGUUUUGGCACGAAUAAGCGAAAACAACUACUACGACAAUUGUGACAGGAAUUUAGAAGAAUAUGAUCUUAUCUUGAUCCACCAACCGUGGCCCUUUUAUUAUAGCUGGAAUUAUUGCGGGAAUAAUGUAAUUGUUGAUGAGAAAGAGUUAAAUUUACUAGUUCAUCCAAAUGACACGACACAUCACUUGAACAAUUAUUUACUUAUGGUUGAAUUAACCAGUUUACAUAAUGAUUUGAGAAAUAUUUAUUAUGGAAAACAGCUUCUGCCAUAUCUGAAGCAUUAUCAUCUAAAAAACGUAUGGCAGGAAUUUAUAAGUCGGCCUGUUCAACAGCAGCUGUUGGAAGAAGUGGCAAUUUUUGCCGCACACUGGUUUCAUCCAGAGAAAGAAGUCUCUUCCUUGCGUUUAGGAAUGGAGCUAGAUAAUAUUGCACAACAGGUGAUGGAGAGUCUUAAAGUUGUGAAUCCCAAGCAUCCAAUGUUCUUGUCAUCUCGUGAACAAUUCUUGUUGUGGAAAUACAAUAAUAUCAUUGAAAAUCAAUGGAACAAUGACGAAGGAAGACAGAUUCUAAAUAUUCUCAUCAAGAUACUCGUGGGUGGACUAAACUGCGACGUAGUUGCGCAUUCUUGGAAACUCCUUCGAAAAUACUUAUUUAUGAAUUACCUGAUAGUAAAUUUGAGUUACUAUUUCGAAAGGGCAAAACGUGAACAUUUGAACCUGUCACGCAACUCAUACACCAAAGAAACUCAUUGGUGUUCUAGGCUUCUAGAUCUGUUUAUUAUAUUUUUUAUUUCAGAGAAAUUAAAGGAGGUAGAUACGCCGGAACCUAUCGAUAACUACAUCAUCGGCAAAUAUUUUUGUGAAUUUAAGGAUACUUAUUAUAUGCCAAAUAAGAUGUUAGCAAAUGAAUAUCCAGAUGAUAUAUUAUAUUUAACUACCCACACAGCACGCGUAUCUAAAAGAUGUCCUAAAGAUAACUCCUUUAAGAGAUUUUUGAGACAUACAGAUCUAAAAAAUUUCUUAAGGAUUUAUUUAACCCUUUGGCUACUACUGGCGACUAUAGUCGUUCUCCAUAAGAUAUCAGUCUCGCUCGAGCUCUGAUGAUUGUCCGCGCGCAAUGUGUAUAUACUUUCGGCACGGCAUCUCGUUCAGCGGGAGCGUUCUGACGGAGAGGACGUUCGUAGCGAAAGGGUUUAAGAAGUUUUUUUUAGGUAUAUGCGCUUUGUUUCCCAUCUUUUCGACAACAUGAGAAUAUUACAUCAAAAGAAGGAGUCAUCUUUUGAGGUGAUCCAUUUAUCGAUCCAUUAGCAAGAACUUAUGCACCGACCUAAUACGUAUCUUUUGCAUAAUGCUGUUGUUACGUCCCGACAAGUCUCCUUUUUCUUCCGGAUUCCUUUUUUUCAUUUAACCGUCAUAUGCCAAUGUCACUGCCUUCAGACAAACUUUCUCUUUUAUGAUCCAUCCCAAAGUUCCUUCCCUAACAACCUCUCGAAGGACCAAGGUUGCACGCUUAGUCAUCUUCCCCGACAUAGCGCCUAACUUACACUUACUUAGACUUACACACGAGAUAUAUUUUUAUAGCAUUUUAAUUAUAAGUAAAUAUUAAGCAGGUCGCGCGUCCUGGAGGCGAAGCGUGACCAUAUCUCUUGAAUUGUUUUCUCAUAUAUCGAUAUAGUCACUCUCCAAGGUUCGGUUUAAAACGAUACGUCUAUUGCAUAAUGUUAACGCACAGAUUAACGAUACCAAUAUUUGUAUUCCCGUUGUUUAAAAACAAGAUAAAAUCAUAUAUAAAAUACCAUAAGUAUAUAUACGUAUAAGAAUCGUUAGAACUUUCGCGAAGAUUCUGUAGGCCAAGAGCGGGGGUUUGCGCGGGAUCCUCCCUCUCUGUCUGUGCCUGUUGCAGCCGUUUUCGAGAUCUCUCAAUUGGCUAAAGGAAAAUUCUGUUGCUCACGAUUUUGGUAUAAAAGGAACCAACCAAGGUUCCUGGCUCUCUUUUCUUCUCUUCUCUUCCUGGUUCUCCACCGGCUCUCUUCACUCAUAUCGCGGUUAGAAAGAAGUACAGCAACGAGAUCUCCAAAACGGCGUCAACGCGAUCACAACUCAAGGUUCAUAUUUACUUCUCCCUCACUCGAAAUUCAUUCAACAUUGUCGAUUAAUCAACUCGAAUAAAUCCAGUAUCUUAGUAAUUAACUAUCCAAUUAGUAAUUGAAUCUCCGACUCUCACAUUCCUUUUCCGACCAUUUAAAUUAUCCUUAAAUCGCAAAACGCACACGACUUGAGUCCCUGGGGUAAAUUGCUUAAAUGCAUUGACUCCAAAAACUAAAAUAUUAACGUUACAUCCCGUAACACU